AUGCACCCCUACCUCCGACCCACCUGCAACCGGUGCAUCUCAUUCAUUCCUUUCACCUUUAUUUUCAUUCUUUAUUUUUUUGGCAAUUUUUAUAUUUCCUUCCUCACCACAUUUCAUCUCUCUUUUUUUUUUGCUUCAUGUUAUUUAUUCAUUCAUUCUCUUUAUUUCUUACUUUCUUAUUAUUUUUAUUCUCUCCUCCUUAUUUACAUUUAUUUUUUUUGUUUUCUUCAUUCUUUCACUCACUUCCUUCUUCUCUUUUAUAACCUCUUCAUUCCUCUUUUAAAUCAGUUUUUUAUUCCUUUCUCUCCAUUUUGCUGCUUUUUUUCAAAUUUCAUAUUUCUUUCAUUUUUUUCUUUCUUCACUACAUAUUUUUCUUUAUGCAUUUUUCAUUCUCUUAUUUCAUGUUAUUUAUUCCUACCUUUUUUGCUUAUGUUCAUUCAUUUCACUUAUUUUUGUGUUUUUUCCAUUUUUCUUUAUUCAUUCAUUGAGCUCCUAAUUUUUUUCUUUUUCAUCUUCAUUCCUCACUCUUCACCUAAUUCAUUUCUGCUACCUCAUUCUAACCUUUUAUGUAUUUUUCCAUUCUUUUUAUUCACUCAUUCAUUCAUUCCCUUUUUCUUUCUUUCUUCACAAUUCAUUCCUUUCUCUUCACCUAAUUAA